AUGAAUGUAUUCCGAAUUUUGACACCGUGUGUAUUGCAACGUAGACGACCAAAGGAGGUUGAUAAUUCUGAUAAAAGGGAUUGCUGGUUUGUGAAAAGACGGCGUGGAGAUGCUUCCUACAUGAUACAUAGAAUGGGUGCUUCUGCAUCGUCGAGCAUCACCAGUGUAGGUGGAGACUCGGUCCAAGCAGCUAGACUUUCAUCCUCCGGUAAUCCUCCUGAUCAACAUGGCAUUGCUAUCAGGGAAAAAAAGAAGAAAAUGACGGGGUUUGCAACGCUGCGCAAGAAGUUCAUUCGAAGACGCCGGUCUUCGAAGGCCUGCGACCACGGCAGGAUAAUCCGAGAUUUGGUCUCGACAUGGAGCCACUUAGAAGCAACGGCGCUUUUGGAGGAGUACGAGGCGCUCGCUGCAUUAAAGGAUCUUCAUGUCCAAGCCGAAUUAGCCAGACCACCGGCUGCCACGUACAAACAGGAUUUGUCGAUGUUGUACGACUAUAAACAUUGCUCCGAUGUGGAUCUCGUCUACCGUGGAGCGUGCUUUCCCGUUCACAGAGCACUGUUGUCGGCGCGUUGCCCGUACUUUAGAGAUUUACUGGCUGGAUGUCCCGGGUACGGUGCUAGGAUAUGCUUGGAGCUGAGAACACCAAAUCUCGAAGUGCAAAUGUUCUCCGCGUUGCUUCGGUAUCUCUACACUGGUGAUAUUUGUCCACACGAUGCGGCAUUGGAGGCGAAUCUCUUGCGACGAUUGAGUGAAGAGUUUGGCACACCGAAUCCCCUGGAACACGAUCUCAGAUACCUGUUGGACACCGGUGAUUACGCGGACGCGGCGUUAGUGUUCACGUCGGACAGUGAUUACCAGAGACCAGAUAGUGGAAGUUCAGAAUACGGAUUCCGGCCAAAGUUAGAACUGCCAUGUCAUAAAGCGAUACUUUCUGCGAGAUCCCCGUUCUUCAGGAACUUAAUACAAAGACGGACUAGAUCCGGGGAAGAUCACACAGAAAGGGCGCUUCAUAUACCUACUAGAAUAGUUUUGGAUGAGAGUGUAAUACCCAAACGAUACGCCAGAGUAUUAUUACAUGCAGUGUAUUUAGAUACCGUUGAUUUAUCGUUAAUUAUGAGAGGUAAUGGUUGCGGGAACAGCGCUGGUAGCCUUGGAGAGGUUCAAGCUCUCACCCACACUGGACGUGUUCGACCAAGUCCCUUAGAAGAAGCAAUGGAAUUGUACCAAAUUGGUCGAUUUUUGGAAUUAGAUAUAUUGUCACAGGGUUGUGAAGAUCUUAUUUUAGAAUAUCUUACGCUGGAAUCGCUUCCGACCGUUUUAAAGUGGGGUAGUCAACCACACGGAUCUGCAUGGGUACAUAGGCAAGCGUUGCAUUAUUUAAGAGAAGAAUUCCAGCCAAUAGCCUCCUCCUCUAUUCUCCAUCAACUGGAUCACGCACAUUUGGCAAAUGUUUUGCAAAGUCACUUCUUGCAAGCAAGCGAACUUGAAAUACUGCAGGCAGUACUCAAGUGGGGCGAACAAGAAUUGGUACGCCGUAUGGAAGACCGGGAACCAAAUUUACUCAGUCAUACGGUGCAUUCUGUGACGAGGAAGGGUUUGAAGAAACGAGAUCUAAGCGACAUUGAGCUCCGAGAGAUACUCAGCGAACUUCUGCCGCUCGUCAGAAUGGAUCAUAUUUUACCUCCUAACAGCGAAGCGUUGGCGCAAGCUAUUAGAAGAGGAUUAGUUUCAACUCCACCAAGUCAUAUGAUAGGGGAUGAGAGGGAGAACUUGCGGAUGAAUGCUUGGAUAAGGGGAGGGAAGAAAAAUGGAUUUUUUGUAAGGCCGCGCCUGUUCAUGCCUUAUUACGAGGAAAUAAAGUCUUUAGUCGAAGAACAAAUGGUCCAAGAAGCAGAUUUAGUAAGAUUGCGAAGGCCACGGUACGUGGCCGAUAUUCCCGAUGCCUUGUAUAUGGUUGACGAGAAACCAAGACCAAUGGGUACAGCUGGGGUGGACGUUCUCGCUGCAGCGUUUCCAGUUCCAGAUUCCGCGACCUUGGCAGCUAUGAUGAAGCGAGAGCAGAAGCUGAGGCAGUCACCCAGUUGUCAGAGGGCUAUCAGUUUGCCGCUUUCGUCGCGUCACGAAAUCAACAGGCAGGUGCGACUGCGUGUCGUGAGGGAGUUCAACUUACCUGACACAGUUGCGGAUCUGCUGGAGAACACGUCUGCGUACAAUGUGAAGGAGCAAAACGAGAGGCUGACCGAUAUCGAGGACAUGGAUUCGCCGGGUAUGGGGAUCAACGCGAGAACAGUCCCACCAUUGUGUUACGGAAGGAACAUGACGUUCCCGCGGCCGGCAUCCUCCUGCACACACAGACACGAGCUUCCAGCGAUAGUUACCGAGGGUGAAAGCUGUAGACUUUUUGCGGAGCAACAAGAGAACAAUUCAUGUAGCGAUGGACAACUGUCGGGGGUGAUGCCGGACGUAGCGAUGGCUACUGCGUCUUUCGGGGCGUUGCAACUGAUAGAGGAACAGGAAUUGGAGCUGGACUUAGGUGAUGGCGCGUCCCAUCUCCUUCAGCACGUUUCACCGUCGAGCGGUACGAUGGGAUCCCACAGGUCCUCGCUUCCUCACCCUCAUCAGAGGCACUACAAUGGACCGCCCCCACCGCCGUACAUGUACCAUCGAGCUGGCACUGCCUUACCGAGAUUUAUUUAAGAUUUCUACGAAAUUAAGGACUCAUGUGGCAAUUAUAUCAUUCUUAAAACGGGGAGCGUUCACUUCGAACGAACGGAACGGAAUCACCAGGUGUACUCUUCCUGUACUGCCAUAAGUGGUUUGCUUUAUCAUUGAUCAACCCUUUCACUAUGGUAUUUUCGACUUCGUUAACAGAAAUGUACGUAAGUUUACGUACUCUGCGUAAUGAAUUAUGAAAUAAUCUUUGCAGUUGCAGUUAACGAAUUUAGGCGAUUAAAAGAUUUGAGCAUGUCUUUAUUAAACAGGUAAUUGAUUUUUGAGGGCGUAUGCAUGCGCUCUUCGUAGCGAAAGGGUUAAACAAACAGACGAUUCUUUAGAUCGAGAAGAUUUUAAUAAAAUCAGAUGAAUUUAAAGAGUGCAUAUUUUCAGUAAAUUUUCGAGCUUUUUGCUACUGUGCACGAUGUUCUUAAAAAGAAUUCGUGAGGGUGUAGAAUUUUAGUUCGUUUAGGGAAACAUUAAUUUAUUUAAAAUAAUAUUGAAACGUGUAAAAAUUAUAAGUACUUUUUCGGAACGUCUUGCAUGGUUGCAAAAUAUGCAUUGAAAUAGAAUAUCCCAAAAUGAUUUAGCUGCAUUUUAUUAUAAUCUUCGAGCACCAACUUCUUAGACUUUUUACCGAGAAGCUUUGUGAAAAAUAGUACAGAUCAAAGUAAUUUAGACUUGAGCCGGCUAACGCAGACGCGUUCUCCUGCACGAGGUGUUUAUUUAUGAAUUACUUUGUAAAAGAACGCCUAAAAGGUGGACACUCGAUGCAAGUUACACGCAUAGUCGGCAAUUCGGACUUAAUUCAUACAGUCAAUCCUCCAGUUUCCAUGGUGCAAAUUGUAUUAUAAAAAAAGAUUUUACUAUUUUUGGCGAUUCAGGCAAAUUAUUCUAAUUACAAUUAUUUGCUUCGAAGAAAAAUGGCCCCCAUGGGUGCCGAUCGCACAGAGUUUCGUUGAUACCUCAAAUGGCCAAAUAAGACGCGGCACCUUAUAGGUGCUCACUCAGGAACUGUGGGAUUGUCAAUCGAUUAAUUGAAAUUAGAACAUCUUUCGAUGUUUCUGUGAUACACGAAGACGUACUUCUCGUGGUUCUUGUCGAGUAAAUAAUAUUUUGUUCUUGCGGGUACAAAUUUAAUGAUACGACGAAGAAACGACGAUCGUGUACGUACUGUGGUUUAUUUAAGCGCAGCUUAAGAAACGCGUGCCCGCGCGCGCGCGUAGAGGACCCCUUUGGUUUUCAGGAUAUACAUAUAUAUAUAUUUAUAAUCGUAUAAGCCGGACGUGGAAGACAUACACACACACAAACACUUCAAUCAUGGAAAGUUCAUGCUUGUUAGGUACAAUCACAUAAUAAAUAAAUGUAAUGUCUAGGUGCAGGUGCAUGCGAUGCAGCUGUGGUUCAUAUUACACAUAUACAAUGAAACGUGCAUAUAUAUAUACAUAUAUAUAUACGUAUAUGCGUGAUAUAGGUUGGUGUGAAUGUGCGUGCAUGUAGGCGAGUGUGCGAGCUCUCUAAGUACCAUAUAAAGUGUUAAUUAGACGAUUACGUCGCCAACGUUUCACGAGUGACUGGAUGAAUGAAGAAAAGAAAUUGUGAGUGUGGGUGGUAUGAGUUCAAGUGAAAUAGAGAGAAAAUUGAAAACGGAGUACUGGAAGGAAGAAUGAAGAGGAAGGAGAGCGUGAUUAUAGACUGUUAAGGUGAAGAGGAGAAAGAGCGAAGGCAGGUAAUAUAUGAUCAGUGUUUACGAACGGUAAUAAUUCUUUAUUUAAAACGAAGCGUCGCUGUGGGUAUGAUCUUUGCUAAUUCAUAUUACCUAUGAUAUUCAAUAAAAAUUAUUUAAAUAUUAGUAAACGCACUUUGUCUUCGAGCAGCGUACACGUUAAAUUAACUAUCGGAUAUUAUUUUGUUGUGCGUCCAAAUCGUCGGACGAGUUUUGCGUUUAGAGAGGCGCGCAGGUCUCUGAAAUAUUUUUCUCUUUUCGAUCUUCGACGUUAUUUAAUAUUUAAAUCGUUAUGAUCGAUCGUGAAUUUAGUGUUCUCCGUUUGUUUGUACAGUGUUCCGAGUAUAGUAUCGUGUUCAAACGGUAGACAGAAAUAAAUAAUUAUCAAUUGUUCUAGUAAAUUAUUUUUGCUUUCGUGCAACGAGAUCGUUCGGUAGUCUUUCUUGUCAGGUGAAAUAGAAUGAUUAAUUGAAAAAAAAGCCUGCGCCUCCAUUCUACGUAAUUGUUCCGUAGAUCGCGUUGGAGUGCUAAAUUUUUUUCGCUGUAAGGUCCAAGCCGAGGAGUACAGGAUUGAGGACGUGCAAUGGCGAGCCGUCUUUCACAAUACCGUGUAAGAAAAUUGUUUCUCUCUUGUUAAACCGUUGAGGCUAUUACAUAAGUACGA